AUGGGCCAUCUGACGCCGUUCCUCCGCUUGGCCACCUCACUCGUCGCCAGCGAUGUCCGAGUCACCUUCAUUGCCGCGCACCCGACGGUCUCGCUCGCCGAGUCGCGCGCCCUCUCCAGUUUCUUUGCCAGCUUCCCUCAAGUUAUUCCCAUGCAACUGUGUCUUCUUCCCAUCGACGAGUCUUCCAGCGGCACCGACGAUCCCUUUUAUCGCCAUUACGAAGUCAUCUGUAGGUCGUGCCGCCUCCUCCCUCCCCUCCUCUCGUCGAUAUCCCCGCCUCUUUCUGCUCUCAUCACGGACAUGAGCUUGAUCUCCGCAGUCCUUCCUGUUUCUCGAGCCGCUGGCCUUCCAAAUUAUGUUUUCUUCACGUCGUCCGCCAAAAUGCUGACGCUCUUCAUGUCCUUCCAUAAAAUAUCUGUCGGGAAAGCCAUGCCUGGUUCUGGGGAUAACGAAGAUGUCAUCAAGAUACCGAAUCUUGAACCGAUACCCGUCUCAUGGUUUCCGCCACCCCUAUUGGAAGAAGAGGACAACUUCCUCAAAAGUUCUCUCAUCCAGAACGGCAAGAGUAUGAGCGACGCAGAUGGGAUUUUGAUCAACACGUUCUAUGGCUUCGAGCAGGAUACAUUAAGAGCGCUAAACGACGUCAAUAUAACGAGCGGAUUGCCACCUGCGAUCGCUAUUGGGCCGCUUCCACCAGCUAACUUCGAAGAGCCUCAUUCUCAUCCAUUGGCUUGGCUGGGCGAUCAACCGAUAGGAUCUGUUGUUUACGUGAGCUUCGGCAGUAGAACAGCCAUGUCGAGGGACCAGAUAAGAGAGCUAGGAGAUGGCUUGGUACGGAGCGGCGUGAGGUUCGUAUGGAUAGUGAAGAGCAAGAAAGUGGAUGAAGAAGACACGGAGGGCCUAGAAGAUGUGAUCGGGCAGAAUCUGAUGAUGGCAACCUCGGGUGCAGUGAACGGCCUAGUCGUGAAGUGCUGGUUGAACCAGAGCGAGGUACUAGGCCACCCGGCAAUAGGCGGGUUUCUGAGCCACUGCGGGUGGAAUUCGGUCAUGGAGGCUGUGUGGCACGGCGUGCCGAUGCUGGCAUGGCCCCAGCACGGAGACCAGAUGAUCAACGCAAGCCUGGUGAAGAGGGCGGGGAUCGGGAUUUGGGAGGAGAGCUGGGGGAGGGGUGAGAAGGAUGUGGUGAAGGGAGAGGAAAUAGCGGACCGGGUUGAGGAGAUGACGAGGGACGAGUCACUGAAAGCACGAGCCGCGAGAAUGAAAGAAGCCGCGAGGACGGCCCUCGGAGCUGAUGGGGACUCGGGAAGAGGAUUAAAGGCACUGCUCGCUAAGUUGUCGCAAAAUGGGUCGCGCUUUGAUUGCCGUCCUGUUUUGAAAAUGCUCAGCAUCUUCCUUGGCACCAGGAAGACCCUGAAUCUGCAGACCGCCACCGAAAACUGCAGAAGGUGGAUAAAGAAAGUUGACUGGAGGUUAUUUGAAGUUGGGGUUAGGGCUAGUGUUGCUAACUUGGGCGAAAAUGAAUCUGGGGUUGAAGUAGGAGAUGAAAUUGGGGUUAUGAGUAAUGUUGAUGAAAUUGAUGCAUUAGUUAAAAGUGAUGAUGAUUAUGUCCUAUCUGAUGACAAGGAUUACUUUCAACUAGUCCCAAAACUUGUAUCAAGGAGCGAAGAAGAAGAUCAAGACACGGAGGAGGAGGAUGUAAGGGUUAUAGUCCAUUAG